UACUACACGUUCGUCCUGUCGUGCGCCGCCGCAACGCGCGGCUCGCAAGAAAAACUAGUUUUAUCGAUUUGCUAACAUAUAUUAGGUUUGAAGCUAUUGUCAUCCUCACUGACAGCUACUUCUGAAACCCUCAACUUCUCGCACCCACAUUCAAAUUCUCUACUUACUGUCCGCAAAUCUUCAAACAUCUCUACACAAAAGAUCCGAUUCACAGACGGAUACCCGAACGAAUUUGAAAUCUUUAAGAAUCCGACGACGAACGACCUUCUUUCGGUUCCAAUUUCUGUUCAAAUUUUCAAAAACAAUGAGUGAACAAGAGAAGAUCACGGCCGUUGGUUCUUCCGGAGAUCAACAGCCGCAGCCUACUACAGACAAAAACGCUAGAGUUGAUGCUGUAUGGCAGCAGAUGAACAAAGGAAUUUCUACAGAUAAGCUGAAUUCUAUUCUCAAAAGGUCUACUACAAAUCCAAAAACAAAGUCAUCUAAACCAUCUUCAAAACCUUCGUCUUCUAGUUGGAUGACAGUUCUUGGACUCGGUCCAAAGACGAGUUCACCCACCCAACCGGUACCUAUUUCAAAACCAGUAGAUAAACAAGACGGUGUUGGUGAAGACGCCUUAAAGGUUGCAGCAGCCGCUCUCUCUGCCGCCAAGGAUGCUGCCAAUAUGGCUGCUCUUGCAGGAAGAGGAAAAAUCGAGGUGAGGGAAGUGAGAGACUUUGCAGGGGAAUCCAUUGAAGUUAAAAAGCUAGUUGACGCCAAUACGUCAGAAGCAUUAGAAAAAGAUAAAAGUGGUGCGCCUUCUGCAGUUGAUGCAAUUCUUGAGCAAAUUAAAAAGAAACCGAAACUAAGUGUUCUUGAUAAGACGAAAAAAGAUUGGGGCGAGUUCAAGGAAGAAAACCGUUUGGAUGAAGAGCUUGAAACUUACAAGAAGAGUGGAAAUCAGUAUCUAGAUAAAGUUUCUUUCUUGGAGCGUGCGGAUUAUCGUCAAUUUGAACGGGAAAGAGAUGUGCGUUUGGCUGCGCAAGCUAAGAGGAAAUCCGAUAUGCGAGAAGAUGAUGAUUAAAUCCAAAACAAACCUGGCAAGUGUCACCUCUUUGUAUAACCGAAUAUUUAUUCAUCUUGCUGUUCGGACUAUAAAUGUUCUAGUGUUUCCUUUUUGUUUCAAUAGACAUUUUGUUUGAUUAGUUAUUUGCUAUUGACUUUGUUUCUGGUUCA